AUGCAUCGGGAUCAAAACCGGUCGGAAGAAACCGUUGAGAAGACUGGUCACAGCGGUACCCUUGAUCCCAAGGUCACUGGUGAGUCGCGUCCCACAAAACUGUCUCGAACGUGUUUUGCUAACUUACUCAGGUUGUUUGAUUGUUUGGUUAGUCGUGACACGCCGAUCCUUGGUGGACCGUUCCAUGAGAGAGGCUUGCAACUGACAACUUUUUCCAGCGUCGACCGUGCCACCAGACUCGUCAAGUCCCAGCAGUCCGCCGGUAAGGAGUACGUUGCCGUCAUCCGCCUCCACGACAAGCUGCCCGGCGGCAAGGUGCAGUUCGCCCGCGCCCUCGAAACUUUGACCGGUGCCCUCUUCCAGCGCCCGCCUUUGAUCUCUGCCGUCAAGCGUCAGCUGCGUAUCCGUACCAUUCACGAGAGCAAGCUCAUUGAGUUCGACAACGAUCGCCACCUUGGUGUCUUCUGGGUUUCGUGCGAAGCCGGAACCUACAUCCGUACUCUCUGCGUCCACCUCGGUCUUUUGUUGGGCGUUGGUGGCCACAUGCAGGAGCUCCGCAGAGUGCGCAGUGGUGCCAUGGACGAGACCAAGGGCAUGGUCACGCUGCACGACGUGCUUGAUGCUCAGUGGACCAUGGACAACACCAGGGAUGAGUCUUACCUGCGCAAGGUCAUCUCUCCCCUCGAGACCCUCCUCACUAGCUACAAGCGUAUUGUGGUCAAGGACAGUGCCGUCAACGCUGUCUGCUACGGUGCUAAGCUCAUGCUUCCCGGUCUUCUUAGAUACGAGUCUGAGAUCGAGGUCCACGAUGAGGUUGUCCUCAUGACCACCAAGGGCGAGGCCAUCGCUCUCGGUAUUGCCCAGAUGUCCACUGUCGAGAUGUCGACAUGCGAUCACGGCGUUGUUGCCAAGGUCAAGCGAUGCAUCAUGGAGCGUGACCUGUACCCCAGGAGAUGGGGACUUGGCCCCCUUGCUUCCGAGAAGAAGAAGCUCAAGGCCGACGGCAAGCUCGACAAGUACGGCCGCCCCAACGAGGCCACCCCCGCCAAGUGGGUGUCUGAGUACAAGGACUUUGGCGCCGCCGAGGGUGCCGCCGCCGCCGCCGCCGCCGCGUCAUCCGCUCCGGCCACUCCCCAGAAGGUCGUGGAGACGUCGACCGUCACGACGAGCGUUGCAGUCACCCCCGCCAACAACGAGGAUGACGGCGAGAGCAAGAAGCGCAAGAAGCACGAGGGCGAGACCCCCGACGAGAAGGCGGAGCGCAAGCGCCGGAAGGCCGAGAAGAAGGCAGCCAAGGCCGCAAAGAAGGCGUCCAAGUCAGGUGGUGCUGACGAGGAUGACGACAGCGAGUAA